AUGCGCGAGGACCAGAGAACACUGUGGUGGGGACGCGAGGCGAAGGAGAUCCACUGUUGUGGAUCCGUGUGCUGCACCGAGAUUAUCACUGAGGACGAGUACGUGAGGGGUUACAAGCGUCAGGCCCUCAACUACAGCAAGCAGCACCUCGAGCGUCCCGGCCAUGCCACGACACUGCACAACGAGCACUACGACCACUCUAGUGGGAAUCAAUCUUUUGCGGUUUUUGAACCAGGUGAAGCUGCUGGCCGACUUCGUGACGAUGACGGCCGCGCCCAACCUCUACGCUGCGGGGAUGACAACUAUGACUGGGCCGACUACACCUUCGCCUGCCAGCGGAUCUUAGAGGACAAUGCCUACCCGAGUGGCAAUCCUACUAUGCGCGCAGUCCAUCACGGCGAGGGCGACCCCGAGGGCCUCUAUGUGACCUACGGACUCUUCAAUCAAGGUGUCCAUGGCAUAACCCGGGCUUCCAAGGACAACGACGCCAUCCUUCGCUACCUGAACAACUUUGGUCAGUGGCUCGGGGCAGAUGCAACAUUGUCUUCGAUUUCAGUCACUCGGAACAUAGGAGUGAGCGUGCACCGAGACUCCAACAAGCUACGAGGGUCCAACAACUACUCCACGGCCUUUGGCCACAAUGGUGGUGGUGAUGUGUGGUUAGAGCAGGACCUCACCGAGGACCAGGUCAAAGGGAAAGACAUAGUUUGGAAGCGGGACCGCGCCAAUGCCUGGGUUCCUGGCCGAUACUAUGGCAACAAGGAGAACUUCAUCGACUUCGACCCCUUUCGGCGGCAUGCUUCCGGAACAUGGACAGGCAGCAGAUGGUGCAUCACGUUCCACACCGUGAGGGGCAUCACGGAGGUCGGCGACGAGCUCAAGAAGUACCUCAGAAGAAGGGGCCGGUCCCCAAGGCCAAGCACAGCGACAAACAGAGCGGCACCAAGACGAGGGCGAAAAAGUACGCGCAACGGAAUCAUGAAUGCCGCGGGCAAGAUCAGUGUGCUCAUGGCAACCUUCCUGGCGACAGCCGCGACCUACAUGAGCGAAGUGCAGACCCCCGCUGCGACCUACGACCCCAUCGUGGUGAUGGAGAUUGGGGGGCUGGAAGGAACGACUGAGGCGAUUGAGCUUGACAAGGUGCAGGAGAAUGCCUACCACUUUGUCAAAGGAGCUUCGCCGAGGGAGCGACGCAUCCAUGCCGAUGAGAUGCCCGAGCGCGCCAAGGACACCGUGCGGGAACUUGUCCGCGAACAACUCGACGGAGGCGGAGUUGCUGUUCUACGCGGACGGCGGGCCCCCGAGAUCGCCGAGGACUUCGUCGACUACCUGGAGUACAAGUCCGUCGACGCCGAGGACGGAUGGAUUGUGCUGAGUAAGCAAGCGAGCGGUACAAGAACCGUCGGUGGAAAAGAGCGCCCACACCAAGUCUGCGUGGUCGGGUCCUGGCGGAUAUGGAAGGAGCGUCGCGAAGAGCGAACCUUUCGAAGGAUCUUGUCAUCAGUCAUGUGUCCCGGUCCCAUGAAGUCCCUCAAGGAGACAUACAACCAUCCGUAUGACGGAUGA